UACUUUUGUAGAUUAAAAAAGAGAAUAGAAGAUGCCUUUUACAAGUCCAGUAGAGCUUAGAAUGGUGAUGUUAGGGAAAACAGGAGCUGGUAAAAGCGCCACUGGAAACAGUCUGCUGCAGACUAAGCUAUUCAAAUCCAACAAUUAUGGCGCGUCUGUCACCGUAAACUGCAAAUUUGGAAACAGGCAUCUUGACAAUGGGAAAAAGUUGGUAGUUAUCGACACACCAGGUAUAUUCGACACCAGGAAAAGCAACCUUGAAACGUCGAAAGAGGUUAUAAGGUGUAUCGGUCUAGCUUCACCAGGUCCCCACGUCUUUAUCUUCGUUCUGAAGAUCGGUCGCUUUACCCAGGAAGAGAUGGAGACGAUCCAACACCUCAAAGAUCUGUUUGGAGAAGACGUUGUCGAUUACGUGAUCAUUGUAUUCACCGGUAAGGACUCACUUGAUUACGAUGAUAUGACCAUUCAUGAACAUAUCCAGCACUGUCCACCAGAUCUACAAUCACUGGUUGCCGAGUGCCAUGGGAGAAUAGCUACCAUUAACAACCGAGCAGAACCACCGGCAUUAGCAAGGGAUGUUAAAGCUAUUCUAGAUUUAAUGGCGGAGACCGUGAGACAAAAUGGCGGAAAGUACUACACUGGAGAGAUGUUUGAAGGAGCAGAAAGGGCAUAUCAAGAAAAACUUCGACUUCUCGAGGAAGAGAAAAACAAGAAAGAGCGGGAACUAGAACAAAAAGAGCGGGAAAUUGAGGAAGAGGCGAAGAGAAAGAUGAAAGAAAUUGAAGCGAUGAAACUAGAACACAAUGAAGAGAAAAAAGAAUUAGAGAGAAUUAAGAAAAGACAACGUCAAAAAGAGCAGGAAUUAGAAGACGAACGCGAGAAAAUAAAGAAUAUCGAUCCGAGACAAGAAUAUCGAGAGGAUGUGCAGGCGAAAGAUGGCGCUAUUGUUGAGAUUGCUCGAGGUAUAGAAAAGGUUGGGCGUGGCAUUGGACGGGGCAUCAAAGACGUGUGGAAUGGAUUCCUUAGUUUUUUUUGAUUAGAUAUUUCGUUAGCUGAUGUCGUUCUUACCCGUAUCCCAACACACGAAUUCGAACUGAUCAGCUGAAAAUAAUGGUUACUGUUUGAUUUAAAACUAUAAACUGUGUUUUUUUUUUAUGCCAAAUGAAAUAUAUAAAAGAUGCAUCAUUGGACGGGGCGCCAAAGACGCGUGGAAUGGAAUCGUUGGUUGGUUUAGUUAGAUCGUAAGUUAGCCGAAGUCGGUCUUACCCGUAUCCCAACACACGAAAUGGAACUGAAGUUAGCAAACCUUUAAGCUGAUAAUAAUGGUUACUGUUUCAUUUAAAACUAUAGACUGUGUUGUAUAUUUUAUGUCAAAUGAAAUAUUUUAAAGAUACAUUAUGUAACAGCUCAAUUUAUCUAUGGCAGGUCUUUUAAUCACUUUAUUCACAUGACAAACCGAAAAUCAACUCCCGAGACCAUCGGAUGGCCGUGGUAUUAAACGGAUAAAACACAUCGCCAUUUAAUAAUUUCAUUUUAAACUGGAAAAUCGAGACUGUAUCGUUAAAAUUUCAAACUCUGAAAUUUUCAAUAUAUUCAUUUUUCACAGUCUGUUUAAACUAUUAUAUCAGGACCGGUCAGCUCUGUAUCUAAAUCUACAUACAAUGUAAUGCAUCUUUAAAUAAAUCUACAUAAUGCAUCUUUAUAUGAAUCUACAGACAUUGUAAUGUAAUGCAUCUUUAUAUAAAUCUACAUACAUUGUAAUGCAUCUUUAUGUAAAUCUACAUACAUUGUAAUGCAUCUUUAUUUAAAUCUACAUACAUUGUAAUGCAUCUUUAUUUAAAUCUACAUACAUUGUAAUGCAUCUUUAUGUAAAUCUACAUACAUUGUAAUGCAUCUUUAUUUAAAUCUACAUACAUUGUAAUGCAUCUUUAUGUAAAUCUACAUACAUUGUAAUGCAUCUUUAUGUAAAUCUUACGUAAUGCAUCUUUAAAUUAUCUUAUGCUUAUUAUUAAAAACAUUAUUACCGUAAACAUGCUUCAAGUAACAGAAUUUAGACUCUAGUUAGCA